GGCGUGAAAGGAAGCAUCCGGGCGUCGCUCAUGCCAAGCCCCGGACAGGGAGUUGGCAGCAGCGGCAGUAUCAUGCGGACCUCCGCCGUUAGAGGGUGCGUGCGCGGCGCCCUUGGUCCCACAGCCGUGCCCAGCAGCAGACCGAGACAGCCUCCCGCCCACCUUCCGUCCACGUAGAAGAGCGAGGGAGACACGCACACAAACCAGCGUCUUAAAAUGGCACCAGGAAGUCAAACCGUCUAAGCAGCUCCGCCGUUAUGUGGUGGCGCCGGGGAACGAGGGUGCCGCUGCCCGGCCUCCGCGUGCCCCCCGCGCCGCUUUGCCUGGGCCUCCUGCUGCUGCUGUGCCUGCUGAUGGCGGUGGGCCUGCUGCACGCUGGCCUGUGUGUGGGCGGGUCGUGGGCUGGGUGCGGGAUGGGCGGCGUGAUCGGGGGCGGCGGGCGCGGCUUCGGGUGGCGCGGGAAGCUGUCGCCGAACCCCUCGCCGCCCGUGGGCGUGGAGGCGCUGGUGCAGCUGCGGCGCGACGUGGCCCUCACACUCAUGACCCUCGCCGCCGACCUGCGCUCUGGGCGCAGUGAGGGCGUGGCAGAGCAACUAGAAGCCACCGCCUCCCUUUUAGACCCACGUCACCAGUACAGCCACAGCCCACACCGCCCACCCACUAUCACACGACCGUCCUACACGCCUCCGCUGCUCACCACGUCCACCAGGCACGGCCCCAACACCACGGAGCAGCUGGAGGGGGCCAGGGACAGGUACAAAGGGGCGGGCAGCCACGCCGCCAACUGGGUGCCCGGCCGACGCGACCUAGUGGGCCUCGACGCCACCCUGCACCUGCCCCUGAGCAGCCAGGUGACGGUGCUGGUGGACGGGUGCGCCACGCCUCCGCACUACGUGGUGGGCGUGGUGCGGCAGGCGGCGGGGACGUGGCCGGGCGUGCGGGUGGUGGCGGGGGUGGCGGAGGCGCAGCGGGCGGAGGUGGACGAUGUUGGCGGUCUGCCGAAUGUCGAGUUGAUGACGGUGUCCUGCGGGGCGGGUGGGCGCGGUGCUCUGCCGGACCUCACACCCGCCGCCACCACGCCCUUCGCCCUUGUCCUGUCGGGUGUGUCGGCCAUCACGCGAGACCUGGACCUGCCACGCCUGCUCUCCGUAGCCGUGGGGCUUCAGGACCUUGGCGUGGGCGUGGUGGGCGGCUCCGAGCGUGGGCGUGACGGGGCCGUGGACUACACUUGCACAUCGCUGUCCGUCCACAACCACGUGCUGGAGGCGCGGGAGGGCUACAUGUACUCGGUGGCGGCGUGCGUGUACUGCGACGUGACGGGCGGCUCCUUCCUGGCCGCCGUGAGUGUGCUGCGGGACACGCCCGCCGACCCCGCCCUGCCACGCCCGGCACAGGCGCUGGACUGGGCACUGAGGUUGCAGCGCGCGGGCGUGCUCACUGUUACCUGCCCCGACGUGAUGUUCCACGUGGUGAGGGAAGUGCGGGCACGAAGCUGGGGCUUGGGGAAGCACCAGCAGCGUGAGGAGAAGACAUGCAGCACCCCGGAGGAACGAAAGACAGUGCGCGCCGCGGCAUGGCAGGCUCGGCGCCAGUACCGCAAGCUGGCACAGAAGUGGGAGGUGUCCGCGGUGGUGCUGGCCAACGGCACGCGCCUGGAGUACACAUGCCGUGAGGUGGGCAUUGAGUGCUCGCCGCAGCGCCGCGCCCGCCACUACACACUGCCGCCCUGCUGCCUAGCGCUCAAGGGCCGCAUGCUGGCAGCCCUUGACUUGGUGUCGCGGGAGGCGCGGCUGCCCUACAACAUCGCCGCCGGCACCCUGCUCGGGGCACUCAAGUUCCACGGGCCGCUCCCGUGGGAUUUCGAUGACGACGCCCACACCACCGCGCGGGACCUGCACGGCUUCAUGCGCCACACGCUGCGUCUGCGCCGCCUUGGCCUGUCCCCACAUCUGCAGCAGCAGCAAGAGAAAAACAGCGACGACACCACCAACAGCAGCAGCCUCAGCAGCCACGGCCACCCCCCCAGGAACAACAACAAGAACAACCUCAUCAAGAACCUCACGUACGUUUGGGGCUCGGGCCCGGGCGGCUUCUCUAUGGACCUGUGGCCGCGCUACCCCCUCGCCACCCUGGCCAGCCUCCGCGCUCUGGCCGCCCUCCCGGACAACUUGCCCUGCCUCAUGCACGCCCACGAGCCCACGCCCAUCAGGGAGGUGCGCCCACACCCGCAUAACGCGUCCGCGUGCCACCUGGCCUCGCUGGUGCGCGUGGGCUCCGUGUGGGCGCCCGCCCCCUGGAACCCCGGGCGUGCGGCGCUCUACAAGUACGGCGACGGCCUGUACCGGCACGAGGGCCACUGGCGGUGGUGGCGCGGCAAGGCGUGGGCGACGUGCCCGCGGCCCGGCCACCACGCCUGCCUCGACCUGCACCCGCUGGACGGCUCGCUGCCCUUCCUCUGAGCACGUUCCAAGGCCGGCCCGCGGGGGCGACACUACGCUGUUGUUACUGUCGUUGUUAUUGUUAUUAUUAUUAUUAUUAUUAUUAUUAUUAUUAUUAUUAUUACUAUUAUCAUUAUUACGUUUGGCCUAAAGCGCCGCGAGACAUUCUUGGUGGGGUCUGGUGGUCGGCCCCAACCCGUCAGUGGCGUUGGCAAGUGUUCUAUAAAGGUGCCGUCUUGCUGGGCUCAUGCUGUCCCCCCGAGCUCAUUUUUCCUUUACUCCAGAGAGAUUCGCCAGAGUCCGGGAUGUAGGUGGUCAUCAGGACAGCACGUGGGUAGCCUCAGGCCACUCGGCGAAGACUGAAAAUUAUUGUCAGCCUGUAGCGGACACAAAUAUGCGUGUUAUGCACCUGUACGGGUGCCCUGCGCAUCAUCGUCCAGAUCCAGAGCGGCGAGCAGGACUUGAACCCGGCUCCUCCAGGACACCGCGCCCGCACGCUGACCACUCGGCUACCUAGUAUUAUUUUUAUAAUCAUUG